AUGAUGCAUGGGUCAUUUCGUCCAAUCAGAGCCAAAAACUGGAGUGGACGUUGAUAGCGGUUUGAUUUGAGUUUUGACUUGAAAGAUUUGUUGCUCUACAAGGUACAGUCAUGGCAGAGGGGCUGGUGAUGCAGGUGGCGUUCUCCGUCUGCGAACAGUCAGCCAAUCAGAUGGAUUCUCAGAGGGAGGACGUGUCCAAUCAGAUUAGCGAGUACUGUAAGGAGCUGCUGCUGAGAGGAGCAAUCGAGUUCAGCUUCGAGGAGCUCCGAGCUGAAAGGUACCAGCAGCAGAAAAAGAAAGAGAUGACAGAGAGACUGAAUCAUCUGAUAAAGGUCAAUGCACAGAUGUGUCAGGAGGUCCAGGAGAAGGAGAGACUGUUACAGCUCAGGAAGAGUGAACAGCCCCAGGUCUUGACUGACACAGCUAAUGCAGCUACUACUACUACUAGUAGUACUAGUAGUAGUAGUAGUACUGACCCCAGUGUGGCUCAGGUAGUUCACGGAGCCUCCACCUCUCAGAGCAGUGACUCUGCUAGAUCUCCAGCUGCUGCUUCCUUACAGAUAAAUGACGAGUCUCAGUCCCAGCCUGCUACUGCCACACGGCCUGCUGGAAAAGGUGAAUCGUCUCCCAGAGAGCUGCUAGACGACGUUUUCCUCUGCCCUGAUGAGAGAGGACUCUGUCUGAAGGCCCAUUGUUCUCAACCAGACCAUCAUGGGGGGACCUCUGAAGACCUCCAGUCUCUGGUGCACUCCCAGCCCUCCUUCAUGCCUCAGCAGUCAGUGUCCAAAGCCCCAAAGGAGCUGAGUCCCAUACAGGAGACCAGCGUGGAGGCCGCCUCUUGGACCUCGCUACCAGGGCUCUCUUCUGGGAGCUGUAGUCUUCUGGAAGCAGAGCAGAAGCACCGGGACCAGGACCACGCUCCAUCACCUGCCUCAGAAAACAUCCUUCUUGUUGCUGAGCCAGUCGGGGGCGCUAUGGAUCCAUGUGACCCAGAUGUGCGGCGGCGACUGCUGGAACCCUGUGAUGUCACUUCAUCCCCUGCCUGCCAUUCAGACCCCCGCCCCCUCCCGGCUGUCAGAGCUGCAGGGGGCGUGGUGUACCUGCUGUUCUCCAGGGUCCAUGAUGGAGGAAGUUUCUCUGUUUAUAGAGGGACUUCAGAUGAAGGCCAAGUGCUCAUCAAGGUGGACAGCUGCUCCCUUCCCUGGGACUUCCAUCAGUUUAAUCGUCUGAAGAAGAACUGCUCCACUCCUGACAGCCUUCCUCUGCUCAGCUGCUUCGUGUUCCUGGAUGGCUGCAUCACCGUCUACACCGCCCCGCCAGGGCACAGGUUCACCCGAGUCCAGACUCUGGUCCAGCUUAUCGCUCUGGGCCGUAGACCUCCACUGGGGGACAGGUUUCCUCCUCAGGACACAUGGGAGGCCAUCUGUUUCUAA